GAAGAACUGCAGGGAGGUUUUACAGUCUGGGGUUUGAAACACAGCUACGCAUUCGUAGUUCUCUAUCUGAAGGAAAAGACUUUGGAUGUCUCAGAUGAUGAAGAUGCUGCAAAUCUCUCUGAGAGCCCUUCUUCUUCUGCUACCCUGGUUUGGUGGACUGGUCAUCGGAGAGAUCAGCCAAGACUUCUCCCAGUGUCUUAAUUUCUUCUACAAGAAAACUCCACCACAGGGUAUCAGUGCAGGUGGAUAUGUUCCAAUAUGCCAGCGCUACAAUAACCAGUACCACUUUGCCAGUUUGUAUCACCGGCAGCAUCGUGCACCUUUAUACUCUGCGUAUAUACUCAAUCGUGCAGAUGGUAAACGGCCUGAUGUCCCGUGGAUGUAUGAACCACAGCUGGUGUCUCACAGUGAAAGUCCAGAUAUGCAGCCUUUCCCAGUCCCACAAAACAUCUACAGUAAAGUGAAGGACAGUCAGGCGGUGCUUUCGGACUACAAGAACUCCAGCUACACCAGAGGCCAUCUCAAUCCCAGCAUGCACCAGAUGACAAUGGAUGAUCGUACAGCCACCUUCACCUUGACAAACAUCGUCCCUCAGCAGAAAGGCUCCAAUGCAUACACCUGGAAUCAGCUAGAGAGGGAGGUGUUAGAAAGAAAGGUCUUCUGCAGAGGGCCGAUAUAUGUGAUCACCGGGGUCAUGCCUUAUGAAUCUGGAGCUAGCUGGAUCAAGAAGAGGGUGUCUGUUCCUGAGUACAUGUGGUCUGCGUACUGCUGCCCAUCUUACAAAUCUAACCUUCCUGACUCUGUGCUGCCAUUCUUCCCCACGUAUGCUGCAGUGGGGAGAAAUGACCGCAACAGUGGAGAGGAGAUUGUGCCGGUGAAUCCCAAUGCGAAUGAUAAGGAGCGGGGCUAUGAUGUGAGGCGAAUGUCCCUGCAGGACCUGGAGGGGAUCCUAAACACAAGGCUGAAAAAGCGUGUUACUCUGUUUAGGGGACUCUGUAUGAACAAAGAGUGACAAGCUUCAGUUCUGUACACAAUUCAUCCAUUAUCACUAGA